AUGGCGGGUCGAGUACCCUCCGAGACAGACGAGCACACAGCCACUUCCACGCCUGCGCACACAUCUGCACCGCGAAUAAGCAGUCCACCCGGCAACUCAUUGCGGCAAAGCACUGGCAUCGACGAUGAGGACAUCGAGGCUUCGGCAGCCAAAGGCGGCCAGCCUGCGAGCAAGCCGACCGCAUCGACCGCAAACGAGAAGCCAGACAUUGAGCAUACGGUAGUGGCAGAUGACCCGAGAAGCUGGUCAUCGGCGCGCAAGUGGACUCAGCUCGCCAUGCUGAGCUUUGGGGCUCUGAUACCCACCAUGGCUGCCAACGUUUUCUUCCCCGCCAUCGACCAGAUCAAGUCGGAUCUGAACGCUAGCGAUGCGCAGAUAUCUCUCAGCAUCUCGUUGUACAUUCUUGCUCAGGGCUCCUUUCCACUCGUGUGGGCGCCUACAUCAGAGAUCAUCGGUCGCAAGCCGUGCUUUCUGCUUGCCAUGCUCAUCUUCAGCGUCUGCGUGGGCGUCGCUGGUGCGGUACGAAGCAUCAAGGCCGUCAUAGCAUUGCGGGUCUUGGGUGCGGCAGGCUCAGCGGCCAUGUUGUCCAUAUCUGCAGGCAGCAUAGCAGACAUGUACGAACCGCACGAGCGCGGCGUCAAGGUCGGCAUAUACUACUCUGCUCCUCUGCUAGGACCUGCUCUGGCUCCUGUCAUCGGCGGUGCUCUCACCGAAGCUGGAGGCUGGCAAGCCACCUUCUACGCCAUGGCGGGACUCGGUGGCGCUUCCUGCUUAUCCUUUUUCUUCUUCCGAGAGACAUUCAGAGUGGAAAGGAGUCUGGCUUGGCAGACCGCCAAGCAGAGAGCGCUAGCCAAAGCAGAAGGGUCGCGACAGGCACAGGCAAAUCGAGACAUCAAGGUGAGUCGGCAUCGUCGCAAGUCCCGUCCCAUCUCGCUGGUGGGGAUCGAAGCUGAUCUAAGCCACGGCAUCCCGGCUCCUCAGUUCAAACCCACACUGGCCGAUGUGAACCCUUGGUCCAACUUCAAGCACGUCUUGAACCAACCUCACAAUGUCUUGAGUCUCAUAUACAAUGGGCUUGCUUUUGGGAGCCAGUACUCCCUAUCGUACACAGCAGCUCGCACGUUUGCCGCUGCUCCCUACUCAUACGGUCCAUUGCUGGUGGGUGUGGUGCUGCUAGCGCUAGGCGUGGGUGGGAUAUUCGGUUCGGUCUUGGGCGGCAAGCUGUCCGAUCUGCGACUGAGGCGCAAAGGUAUCGAGCUGGGCCACAAGGCCCCUGCGGAAGAAAGGAUCAAGAGCAGCUUCCUGGCCAUGAUGCUCUGUCCGCUCGCCUUCAUCAUGUAUGCUUGGACCGUGCACCAACACGUCGAGAUUGCGGCGCCGGUCGUCAGCUUGGUUUUGAUAGGUUUUUCAACCUUUUGGCCUUACUCUACCAGUCUGAGCUACAUCGUCGAUUCCAACGUCGGAGGAGCGUCGGGCGCGGUGUCUUGCAACAGUUUCUUCAGAGGCUUGACGGCCUUUGUAGCUUCCGAAGUGGCUGGCCCACUACAAGAUGCGGUCGGUGAUGGCGCACUGUACACGGGCUGGGCAGUCCUCAUAACCUUUGGCCAGGUGCUCAUCACCGUCGUUGCGUUCAAGGCCACGUCUUGGAGAGAGGACAAGUUGUCGGCAUGGGCGUGGUUGAAGUUUCGAGGCUUGAGGAAGCGAAUCGCUAGAAGUCGAUAG